ACUUUUUCCAGGACAGUCAACGCUUCAUCGGGACAGCCUGGAGCGCGUGACAAGGCGUCUGUGGCCGACUUGGGGGACAACAGUUUGAGAGGAGGGAAACAAAGGAUCCCAAGGACCAGUGAGAUAGUUUGGGAAAGCGAAGUGUAGGAAGCUGAGAUCUCAAUUUCUCCGCCAACAGAGGUGCGCUCCGGGACAAGUGUUUCCUCAGCUCUAGGGGGACAGGCUUUAAAAGGCUGCUGACCCAUAAGACUGUAGGAGUCAGUACGUGCCUGGGGUUCAGGAGCUCGCUGUGGUCAUGGUGAAUGAAAGUCUCAACCAGGAGGAGAGCAAUGACAGACCUGUGCCAGAGUCCGAAUUCCAGGCGGACACCAGCUACUCCACCCAGCCCAGCGUCUCCAUCCACCCCAGCGUCUCAGGCCACCCCAGUGUCUCCAUCCAUCCUAGUGUUUCGGGACACCCCAGCGUCUCCAUCGACCCCAGCGUCUCUGUCCAUCCCAGCAGUUCAGCACACCCCAGUACCUUGGCUCAACCCAGUGGUUUGACCCAUCCUAAUGAAUUAGUUAAAGAAGACAGCGUGAUCAAGGUGAGCAAGCGUCGUUGGGCCGUGGUCCUGGUGUUCAGUUGCUACUCCUUGUGCAACGCCUUCCAGUGGAUCCAGUAUGGCUCGAUCAAUAACAUCUUCAUGAACUUCUACGGUGUCAGCGCGUUUGCCAUCGACUGGCUGUCCAUGUGCUACAUGCUGACCUACAUCCCUCUGCUCCUGCCGGUGGCCUGGAUGCUGGAGAAGUUUGGUCUUCGAACCAUCGCUAUCACCGGCUCGGCUCUCAAUUGCCUGGGAGCCUGGGUAAAGCUAGGCAGCCUAGAGCCUCACCUCUUCCCGGUCACAAUGGUGGGUCAGGUCAUCUGCUCUGUGGCACAGGUCUUCAUCCUGGGCAUGCCCUCACGAAUUGCUUCCGUCUGGUUCGGGGCUAAUGAGGUCUCAACAGCCUGCUCCAUGGCUGUGUUUGGCAAUCAGCUUGGAAUUGCAAUUGGGUUUUUGGUCCCUCCUGUUCUGGUACCCAACAUCAAAGACCAGGAAAAGCUUGCCUACCACAUCAGCAUCAUGUUCUACAUAAUAGGAGGUGUGGCCACUCUCCUCUUCAUCCUUGUCAUCAUCGUAUUCAAGGAGAAGCCCAAGUACCCUCCCAGCAGGGCCCAGUCCUUGAGCUACGCCUUGGCGACCACUGAUGCUUCGUACUUAAGUUCCAUUGUCCGGCUCUUCAAAAACCUCAACUUUGUGCUGCUGGUCAUCACCUAUGGUCUGAAUGCUGGUGCUUUCUAUGCCUUAUCCACUCUGCUGAAUCGCAUGGUGAUCAUGCACUUUCCGGGGCAAGAAGUGAAUGCUGGAAGAAUUGGUCUGACCAUUGUCAUCGCGGGGAUGUUUGGAGCUAUGAUCUCGGGCAUCUGGCUGGAUAAAUCCAAAACCUACAAGGAGACAACCCUGGUAGUGUAUAUCAUGACUCUGGUGGGCAUGGUGGUAUAUACAUUCACCUUGAACCUGAACCAUUUGUGGAUAGUAUUCAUCACUGCUGGCUCACUAGGCUUCUUCAUGACUGGCUAUCUGCCCUUGGGCUUUGAGUUUGCUGUGGAGCUCACAUACCCCGAGUCUGAAGGUGUGUCGUCUGGCCUCCUCAACGUGUCAGCACAGGUAUUCGGGAUCAUCUUCACCAUCUCCCAAGGCCAGAUUAUUGACAACUAUGGAUCCGUGCCUGGGAACAUCUUCCUGUGUGUGUUCCUUGCCCUCGGAUCAGCUCUAACAGCUUUCAUUAAGUCAGAUCUUCGGAGGCAGAGGGCGAACAAGGAUGCUCCUGAGACCAAAGUCCAGGAGGAGGAAGAGGAGGAGGAAGAGAGCAAUACCAGCAAGGUACCCACCGUCCUGUCGGAGGCUCAUCUCUGAGAGAGAUAGCAGAGACUCAGGAACACAGACACUCACUCACCUCAUGGUUCCAGUUAGCUGUUACUGCCAGCACUUAGAUUUUCACGGAGAAACUUUUGGAAGCCACUGGAAGAUGUGUGCAUGCCUUGCAUGGCAGUGCCUAAGCCUACUGGACUCUACCUGAGAACCUGGAUGGUUUACUCAGGGAAAACCUCACCUCUCUUCAGAUGCAGACUGGAUUCUGGUCCCCAGUCCCUGUUAGGUCUUGGGCUAGUGUUGGGAGAGGCUGUGGAGGGUGUUGGAGUCCAUCCUUGCUUGGUCUCUCACCUUCUCUCAUCCCUUUCUUCACUCAUGGAGAAUGCUUGCAAAAUUAUCCUAAGAAAGCUUAUUCAGGAUAUUAACUUUUUCUAAUGUCUUAUGGCCACUUCUUAUGAGAAUGGGGAGCUGCUCUGCCUGAGGGUCGUGAGAGGAAGCGCCAGAGCAGGCCCAUCAUCCCAACCCUUGGCCUUGGCCCUUCCCCCUAGCUCUGCAGCAUUUCUUCAGAUCCUCUUUCCUGAGAGUCAAGGAGACUAAACACCAAUAAACCAGACACAACCUUCGUGGCCCCAAAGGAGAAACCGAUUAGAGGGUUCUCUGCCUAGAUGUGAGAGGGCUAGGGGCUACUGUGUGUGUGGAGCUCUGCACUGGGAUGAAGGUGUUUCCUACAAAGGUGGUGCUCGCUCAGGGCCUUCUGUGUCCCAGGCCACUCAGAAUAUCUUUCUUGGAUAUUGCACUGGGAAAUGCAGCCAUCAGGGGCUCAUGGCUCUAACCUUUAUUAAAAGUUUCUCUCACUCACUCUACUCUGACACAUAAGGCUAUCUCUGAGGAAAGAGGUAGAAGGUGGCUCUUAAAAUAGACAUGUCUGUUUCAGUUAAACACGAUCCUAUGUAUGCUGAGGACUAUAUUCGAACCCUUUCCCUGCCCCUGCUAGCAGGAAUCUUUGUCAGGUGUUUUACGUUUAAAAGGAUUCCAUUUAAACCAAUUCCAGUUGACCUUUUUCCCCACCACUAACAGGCUUUCGUGGUGUCUUCCCCAAAGAGAAACUGGCAGCUAAUUGCUCCUGUGCCUUGAGCAGCUCUGGUCAUGGAUCUUAGUGUGUCUGGCCUUAGCAUACCAGAUCGCCCAGUUUGCCUGCAGUACUGGGAUACUGGGCCAGAGGGUAUGUGAUUGCGUGUACACACAUGCGUUUUGUGUGUGUGUGUGUGUAUAUGUGUGUGUACGUGUAUAGACCUGAGCAGUGGAUAGGAGGGAGGGAAGCAGCCGUCUGGUGGAGGGAGUGUUAGGGAUGGAUCAGAGAGAAGCCUUACUUUCUGUCAAGAGAAAGGUGUUUUUUUCUUCAACUGUUCAAAGUGGACAUGUUUACUCAAUCCAUUUAUUUAAAAAAACAUAAUUUGUAUUUCCUGUUUGUAACAGAAGAUAUUUUAAGGCAAUAAAGAUUUUCAAAGUG